AUGAAUAAUGAUAUAAUUUUAGUAGUUAAUCAAAUUGAACAAGCAUUAUCAUUAUUACAUGACCCAAAAUCAAAUAAUAAACAAAGAGAAGAAUCACAAGUAUUUUUAGAAGAGAUCAAAACCAGAGCAAAUGCACAUUCUUAUGCAAUUGCAAUCAUUACCACAUCAAACAAUGAUAUAUUGAAACAUUUUGCUUUACAUAUUAUAGAGACCUUGGUAAAGAAUAGAUGGUAUGAAUGUAACGAUCAAGAGAGAGAAUUAAUAAAGAAGGAGAUAUUAGAAUUGAUGAGAAGAAUCACAUCGAAUGAACCAAAAUUCAUAAAGGAGAAAUUAGUGACCAUUUUAGUGGAUGUUAUUAAAAGAGAUUGGCCACAACGUUGGAUGAAUCUAUUGACAUCAUUGAUUGAAAUCUCAAAGAUAUCAGACACACAAACCGAAUUGGUAUUAUCAACAUUUGGGUUACUACCACACGAUAUCAUCUUUGACACUGGCUCAACAUCACAAGUACUCUCUGAUCAACGUAGAAAAGAUUUAAUGGCUGGUAUUAAUUUAGCGGUAACUUCAUUAUUUGAAUAUUUCUAUCAAUUGUUAGAAUCAAAAUAUACACAAUACAAACAACCAACACCAGCAACAACCACAACACCACAACAAACUAAACAAGUCAUUCAUCUCAUUAAUGUACUUUUAACAACUUUAAGAUCAUAUAUUGAAUGGGUACCAUCAAAAGUUAUCUUUGACCAUAAAUUGGAUCAAAUCUUUUGUCAACUUAUUUUAGAUGUACCAUUUAGAAUGGGUGCUUGUGAAAAUUUAAUACUUUUCCUUGGACGUAAAGGUCGUCCUGAUGAAAGAAUUGAAUUAAUUCAAACUCCUUUUAAUUUUAUGGAAAAUUUUUUAAAUUCAAUUAAAAUUAAUUCAGAUUUUGAAGAUGAUUAUUCAUUUCAUAAAAGAAUUACACAAGCAUUAACAAUUUUAGGUACAGUUCAUUUAAAUGCAUAUGAUGAUAAACAUAAAAUACCAAAUAAUUAUAAUAUUUAUUUACAAUUAAUGCUUCAAAUGGUUUCACAUCCAAGUAUUUUAUUAUCAUCAUUUGUAUUACCAUUUUGGCAUACAUUUAUAAAGGUGGAAAGUUUGGAACUUUCAUAUCUUGAAGAAGUGAUUAAACAAAUUAUGGAAACAAUGUUGGUAAAAUUCGUUAGAAUUGGUGAUCCAGAGAAAUCAGAUUCAGAGCAAUCAAAAUAUAGUGAAAUUGAUUUUGGUACAUCAAAAGAAUGGUCAAACUUUUUCGGUGGUGUUAGAACUCGUUAUUUGGAUAUCAUCAAAUUGAUAACGAUUCAACGUCGUGAAAUGGCAUACAUUUUCAUUGCAACUAAAGUUGCCGAUGUAUUGGAUGCAUUAAAGGCAAAUUUAAAUGUAGCAUCGCUAUCACAUGAACAAACAUUGGUAUUGGAAUCACAUUCACAUAUUUUAGAUUCAAUUUUAUUGAAUAUUAAAGAUUUCACACCAGAAUCAUCAUUAUUCUUUAAUAAAGAACAACAGCAACAACCAAAUAUCAUACAAUUAACUGAUAGGGUAUUAAAUUUACUCUUUGAAAUUAACUCAACCGAGCCAAAUAUUACAUCAUUCCAAAUCGAUUGUCUUCAAGCCUAUAUCUUAUAUUAUCAAACUAAUCCAGAAUCAAUUAAAUUCCUAUUGAAUAAGAUCGUACCAUUGAUUCCAUUCCCAGGUUUAGAUAAUCCAAAUAGAUCCUUUCAGAAUUCAGUUUUACAUACACGUAGAAGAGCCAUUAGUUCAUUGAUUGGUAUUUCCACUAAUAUCUCUCAUCUAAUGAAACCAUACUUUGAUAUUCUCUACAAAUCAGUGGUUGAGCUAUUUCAAAAGAAUGUUGUCACAGAGACAGAGAAAGUUAUGCUUUUCCAUUUGUUAAUUGUCUUUAGUAAUAACCUACCAAGUUAUCAACAAACUUUGGAUUUCUAUAAAGGAAUUCUAACACCAAUCAUUGAACAAUGGGUUUCUCUUGAAAUGUCCACUGCAUUAUCAUCACCCGAUGCUUUUAUUCAAUAUUUAGGUUUAUCAAUUGCCGAUAGUCAAAAUUUAGAUGCAACAUUGGUUUCAAGAAGAAAGAAUAUUCAAUAUGUUGCUUCAACAUUACAAAUCUUUUGGAAGAAAUCUCAAAUUCCAACCAAUUCAAGUGAUGAACUAUUUGCACCAUUCAUUUCCAAUGGUAUUAGUUACAAUGGUAAAUGGCCAAUCUCUUCAUUUGUUAAACAAGUUUUACCUGGUGUUUUAUCAUUAACACGUACACUUCAUCAAUUAUGGAUGCCAGAACAUCGUGCAAAGAUACAUCCAUCAUUAAGUACCAUUUUCAAUUUAGAUGAUUCAAUCACUGCACCAUUAUUAGGCUUUGAGUAUCAUAAAGAACAGAAAUCUGAAAGUUCAAAUGUUACCUUUCUUCGUAACAUAUUAGAUUGUUUAAGGGAUGCUUGUUAUGAAAUUGUUGGUUACGGAUUCAAUCAUUCGGAUGAAUUAUUUAGUUUACCAGAUUUACCAUUGGUAUUAUUGGAUUCAGUUUUCUCAUAUUUGGAAUCAAUUGAAAAUAGACAUCUAAAGUUAUUGGUUAAACAUAUCCUAAAUUAUCUCAUAAAGAAUUGUCCUACCAAAUUAGAGCAUACCAUUUUCGAACCAAUCUUACCAUUAUUAUUCUCUGUACUCUUUAAUAGAAUCAAAGCAGGUUGGGAACUUAUUAAACUACGUUCACAAAAGGGUGAAAAAGAGAAUGAAAAGAAUGAAAUCGUUGAAGAUAAGAUUUUACGUGACGUUUCAAUGGAGUUUUUAAUGUGUUGCUCAAAUAUAAUCACACAAUCACCAAAUUAUAUUUUCAGUAGUAUCGAUGUUAUGACACCAAUGGUAUAUGGUAUCUCUAGUUGUCUAAUGGCAAUGGAUACACCAAUCUUAAAGAAGUCAUUGAUUGUCUCAACUCAAUUACUUGUGGAUCAUGAGAAAGUAAAUGAUCCAAAAUUCUUCAAAUUGAUUGGUUCAGAAAUGUUUGGUUGUUGUAUAAAGAUUUUAAUUGUUAAUAAAUUUGCAGAAUUUUCAAAUGAUAUCCAAUCAAUCAUUCGUUUAAUCUAUAUGAAAUAUUAUCAAAUUUGUAAUUAUCCUCAAGAGAUCCUUUUAUCAUUACCAAAUAUUACUCCCCCAAUUCUUCAAGCUUUCAACAAAGAUCUAAUUUCAACUCGUUCUGAAAAAUCUCAAAAAGUUUUAUUUAAAAAAUUAUUACAAGAUGUUAUUGGUAUUCCAUUAAAUAAAUUAAAAAAAGAAUCAAUUUUAGAUUUACCAGAGAAAUUAUUUAUAAGUAAAAUUAGUGAUCAAUCAAAUGAAAAUAUUUCAAAUAUUUCAAAUUUAUUUAAUUAA